UCCAUUCUGUUUACUACAGUGUACUCCACGUGCUGCAGUGAAUUAUAACCUAAAACAUCUUUACAUCUGCGUCCACUUUUUAAAAUAUUUAUUUAUUUAUUUUUAAACAUUUAACUUCUAGAAUUUAUUAAUAAAUUCUUCUAUAAAAAUGGUUUUGUGCAGUAUUGAAUGUGUUCAACAAGUAUCUCAAUAUUUAGGAGUUUCUCCAAUAGAAUUACACCUUUCUAAAAAUAACGUUGUAGCAUCAACGGAAUUGGUAAAAAAUCAUACGAUUGAAGGAUUUAGCACUAUUAUACAAGCACUUGCACAACGUUCAGAGAUUCCUGGUAUUGUUGGCAAUGAUCCUGUUACCAAAGCACUAACAAGGCAAUGGUUGGAAUAUGCAGUCCUUUAUGUCAAUUAUGCCGAUGUUUCAACAAAUACGAAACGAAUUCUCAAGGAAAUAAAUCAAGCCUUGGCUAGCAAUACAUACAUCACAGGAACUAAUUUAACUAUUGCGGAUAUAGUUUUAUACUACACUCUUCAUACAAUUAUGAGUGGGUUGACCUAUCAGGAGAAAGCACUGUAUGUUAACGUCUCUAGAUGGUUUGAUAAUAUUCAACAAGAUGAAAAAUUACGUCAAACAUUAGAUCUUAUAAAUUUUAAUCUACUUCAUCUUUAUAUUUAAAAUCAAUUGAUAUUUAUAAUAAAUUAUUUAAAAAAUUUCAUUUGAAAAAGUAUAAAUAAUCAAUUAUUUAUAAUCACAUUAAUAACAAAUCCAAAACACGUACGAAAGCAUUAUAAAAAAUAGUAAAAUUGAGACAUUGAUUUUUUACAGUAACAAUAAUUUAUUUUAAUUUUCAAAUCUCUUUCUCUUCGUUCCAUCUCAUCAUCACAUUUCCAUUUUCAUUCCAUAAAAAAAAUUACAUAUUUAGAUCAUUAAAAGCGCAUGUGAUAUUGUGUAAUUUGUGUAACAGCUAUGUGCUUUGUUUGACACAUUCUAUAAUAAAUAAGAAAAUCGAAAACAUAAGUAAAAUAAAAUUUUUGAUUUUCGUAUGCCUCAUUGUUGAUAUGAAAAAAAUUUACGAUAACGUGUCGUACAGUAUUAAUUCUCGAGUAUAAGUAUCAUUUAUAAUAUAACAAUAAUUUCUAACAUUAGAAACUUGUGUCUAUUUUCUUGUCAAUCUUAAAAUCUCUAUUAUAUCAUUAAAUCGAAUUGUAUUUUUAAAAUUCUAUGUUCGUAUAAAAAUGGUCGAAUUAAUGGCAAGUAAUGUUUUCUUAUAUCUCGAACUAUGAAUUAUAAAAAGUCAUUUUCACAUCUUUAUUAGUGAUAUAGUCGCAAUUUAAAUCUUACCAGAAAUCAUUUAAAUAUUUGUUUAAGCGGACGAAUUUAAUUUAUUAUCGUU